ACUAGCCAAUAAUAAUACACACUAACACUAGACACUAAUGAUACACAAUAAUAAUUUUUAGUGGCCAUAGAAGACACUGAAUUGAUGUGUACCUAGAUUACUUAUUGGACAACACCUAUUGUCCGGGCAAGUACCACUUACAGGAUCCCAUACACUUGGAUUCCAUACUCCUAUAUCAAUAUACAGGGUCAACAUGAAAUAUGUGCGUAACUUUAUAGCGUGAUGACUACUAAGUGUCCUAAGAAAAAAUCAGAUAAUGAGGUCUAUUCCCACCUACGGGAUUUACUAUUACUGCUAAUACUAUCAGUUGCGUUGUAUGUAGUAACGGCGGUAACAUUAACCAAAGCUGCAGCACUGGACUUAGCAUACGUCACAAACUAUUUGGGCUGUGCUGCCUUCCUUCUGGGUUCAAUAGCAUACAUCUUUGUGCCGUUUGUACAGGCCUAUAAUAAGGCAUCAUCUUGUAAGUCACCUAAACAAGGUGAAAAAGGAUCGCAGCCGUAAGAGUUAGAUACGGUAAGGGAUCGCUGCCUGUUGUUCACGAAGUUACUGUCGUACAUGUCUCUCUCUAACAGUUGAUUACGUUACUGCAAAUAUAUGAUUUACUACCUUUCGCGGCGCUACACUAACAACUGUUGAAUGAUAUUUCAGAAGCUGGAUAUUGCAUCAAUUUCACGCUAUGUUGCUGGAUAACAGUGGAGAACACACUCAAAAUUCUGACAACACAAACUAAAGCGCCGGGAAGUUGAACAACGCCACCAAGCACAAUUGAAAGACGGCUUUAUGCCACUAUAGAAGAUGCUAGAACAAUGAAAGCAUAAGUUAAAUGAAUGCCAUGUAAGUGCACUUAAAACUGGGAAGAUUGACCGGCUUAACCAGGACACGUUACGCUUUGAUAGAUCUCUCAAAAGGGAUUUAAUGAGCCCAAUCUGCACCUUCAGUCACGGUCUAUUGUAUGGAAAAAUAGGCAUAAAAGGUAACGCAAAUAUAUAAAUAAACGGGAUAUGAGCUAUACUUUAAAAACUCAAUGGAAAUGUCUUUACUACAUCAACCGAAUAGACGUGGGUGCUGAGAAAAAACAGCAACUUGGGAUCUAUUAUAGUCAUGUUUGAUGAGGGAACGAAGUGUCUUUUCUCGUUAAACUGUGGAGCCUGGGAGGUUAACCGUUGAGUGUCAAAGUACAUGCUCACCUAAACACUAAUGGAGUCACUAUAUUGGACACCAU